GCAAAUGGUAGAUGCUAAAUUAACCAAUCAGAGGGCGCGCUUUGCUUUAGUUAUGUUAUAAAUUAAUUUGAAACAGCAUGUUUGCAACAUUGGGAUAUUAAAGGACAAGGUGUGUUGAAAAAUAAGUAUAUUUGAACUUAAAUACAUUUGAAUCUCUCUUCAACAGCCACCGUGGAAGCAAAGGCAAGUGGCCAUUGUAGAGAGGUGGCCAUUACAGGGGGCGAGGGUGGGGGUGUAAUAUGACACCUAUUUAUUAGGGGGUGCAACAUUUUUAUUUUUCAAAAAACUUAUAUGAUAGUAUGUAACACCUUCAAAAUAUAUCAAUAAAACAGAAACAGGAACCAACAGAUCACAUUUUGUGACCUUUUAUACAUCAAAAAAUAUGAGGCUUUGUAUACACCAUUUGUCAGUUGUUAAUUAACUGGCCAUUGUCAAGAGGUUAUUUUGGUUGCUGGGACCUGCUUUAAUGGCUGUUGCUGUUGUGGAGAGGUGGUCAUUGUAGAGAUGUUGAAAUAAAAGUGAAUGUAUGGACCAUCCACCAAAACAAGAAACAGUGGCCAUUUAAGAGAGUUGGCCAUUGUAGAGAGGUGGCAGUUAGUGGAGGUUUGACUGCAGUUAGUGUGUUAGAUUCUGCAGCUGUGAUUUUAAACCUGGCAAUGACCCUUAGUAGACAGGUUUUUUUAGAAGGAAGUGCUGUUGUUGUGGUCAAGAUUCAAAUUUCCUACCUGUGUAUGGGCUGCGUAUGGCUUCUGUAUGUACAUUGGACAUUCUUCUCCUUUCUCAAUUAACUGAAAAUAUGUAGCUAAUCAGAAAGCCAAAAUAAUUUCAGGUAUUUUGAUUCAUGCAACAAUCAUAGUGUCCAACAAAAAGUUCUUACAUUUUAACCUGUAAAAUUUGGUGUUUAUCAUAUUUAGAUGAUGGAGCUGGAGAGGGACAAACUGGCUAUAAGUGAUGAAAAAACUGAGAUUGCCAUUGAGAGAGAUCACUACAAGGACAAGUCUGAGAGGCUAAACACACAACUGAAUUUUAUCCUUGGUGCUGAUGACAGACGACUGGUCGACAUUGACUCUGUUCUCAUGGAAAAUAGGUACUUGAAGGAACAAAUAAAGCAGCUAAAAGAAGAGAAAAAUAUGGCUGUGUCAGCUUUGACAAGAUACAAGAGUACUUUUGAAAAGCGUAAGAACAAGAUUUUAAAGGCACAGUUUCAAGGAUCUUAUAGUAACACGGCCAAACAUGCUGUGCCUUCGCUCUUCUCUGAGCUUGUAGGACAUCUUAGCUCUAAUACAUCACCAUCCACUGUAGCUGAUCUUCAGUUCUUGGCUAACUCGUUAUCGGAGACUCUCUCUGAGAAGGACACCGCUCUACAGCAUCUGAGAAGUGCUAACAAGAUUUUAGGACAUCGAGUUGCAGAACUGGAAAAGAAACUAAAGACUUUAGAAGUUUCAGGCUUGUGGUCUUUACAAGGGCACCGAGGAUAUGGCUCCACAGAAGUAGAUAAGCUGAGUUGUGAUAGACUUCAGUCAUUAAUUCCGGAAGAAGAACGCCGAUCAAAUGGUCACAGCAAGGAUCGAGACUCUAAGGAGGAUGCAAACACGCGGAGCGAGCCAGACUCCCCUUCAUCUCCCGGGUGGGACGACGGGCCCCGAAGUCCUGUGCUGGAUUUACGCUCUUUUCAUGGCGUGGUCGAGGAAGGGGUGCUCGUUAACGUUACUGGAAGUCCUGGUGACGAGCUAGAAGACCUUGGCUGCUUCCCAUUUGAGGAAAACGGUGAUGAUGACACAGACGGUGAAGUCGAGGAUUUACAUUCGGAGGAACUUGCGUCUGCAAAACCCGUGCACGAGGAAUUACCAGAAGCAGAACAGCAGGAUCUAGAGAAACGCUGCAGUGAAGACAAGCUCACAUGUGAAAAAGGUUUUGAUGAUGAAUUUCCUCAACGAAGCAGCGUGGAUGGCAAUGAACUAAGCCAUAACGAAGAAAAUUCCUCAAAACCCUUUUCCCCAGAAUUGAGAAAUCGUAAAAAUCAAAUACUAAGUGACGACGAAGACCCAGACAGCAAAUCCGUAUCAGACGCUGAGCUUGCUAACUUGCUGAAAUCAAUCGGUUCUGAUGAGGAGAAGGUAUAAAGCCUGUCACGCAAAUAUUUUCGUGACUCCGGUGCUAUGAAGGAAUGGUAUCACGCAAAUACUGCCUGCCAGGAUUGCUCAUUAUCUGCCUGGCACGGAAAUUUUAAUAUUUAUAAUGUUUACAAUGUGGCAAUUUCUGCUUAAGUGCGCUACUGAAAAUGUUCUCCAAAGGGAUUAUUUAAAGGUAUGGUCCAAGCGACUGUAAAGUGUUAAUUUAUUUCUUUGAAACUGGAGGGGUUCUUUGCCUAGUGUAGAGCUGUAUUGUAUACUGUCUAUACUAAACAUUUCCUCGCUAAGAAAUGAAAUGCUCUCAAAAUGUUAUGACAAGUGGGUUUUUAAUGAUAAUCAUCUUAACCAGAAGCAUAUCACCUUACGGUUAUAUCUUUGCUAAAAUGUGUAACUUGCUAGAAAUGUGUUUCUAGAUUUUCUACUCAAAUUUCUUGUACGAUAUUUUGUUUAAUUAAUGAUCAAUUCUUCUGCAAGUUUAAAGUAAUCAGUUGGUGACAUCAGUUUUCGGAAGGUUUUGGUAGUUGUGGCUAUUAGUAAAUUGUAAAUUUAGUUUUUCUAUCUUUUACCAAACACUGGACUCGGAAAUAUUACGAAGCUAAACGACUCCUUCCCCUUAUUUUUACGUUAGAAAUGAAAGGGGCUUUUACUCAGUUAAUUAAGGGCUUAGUUAAAGUUCCAUAUUUCGUAACUCGUAUUUAAUGGCGAUUUCAUAUUGCACACAAGGUGUGCCAAGUCAAAAAGAGGUGAUUACUGAAACGAAUUCUGCCCAAAUGUGUCUAAGAAGUUCUAUCCUUUCCCAGGCUGUUUUUUUCUUUAUUAUUAUUAUUAUUAUUAUUAUUAUUAUUAUUAUUAUUAUUAUU